AUGGAAACUGAAGAGAUAUUAGCAGAAGAGCUGCUAAACGUUGAGGUUGAAAUUCAAGGCGUCCAAGACCAAAUCAAGAUAUUGCUUGACCAACAGGAGAGGUUAUAUGAAAGGCAAUCUGAAUUGAAGGCUAUACUUGAAGCAUGUAAAGAAUCAGGUUAUCCUGUUAAUGGAGCUUCAACUACUGUGGAAGACUGGUCUGGGCCAUUUGAGUGGGAUUCUCAAGCUGAUGAUACUAGGUUCAAUAUAUUUGGCAUAUCCGCAUAUCGUGCAAAUCAGCGAGAGAUUAUCAAUGCUGUCAUGAGUGGAAAAGAUGUUCUAGUGAUUAUGGCUGCAGGUGGCGGCAAAAGCCUCUGUUACCAGCUUCCAGCAAUUCUUCGUGAUGGAGUUGCUCUUGUUGUUAGUCCUUUGCUUUCUUUGAUUCAGGACCAGGUGAUGGGUUUGGCAGCCUUAGGCAUUCCAGCUCAUAUGUUGACAUCAACUACUAGUAAGGAGGAGGAGAAGUUAAUAUACAAGGCCCUUGAAAAGGGGGAAGGAGAUUUGAAAAUAUUGUAUGUGACUCCAGAAAAGAUAUCAAAGAGUAAGAGGUUUAUGUCAAAACUUGAAAAGUGCCAUCAUGCUGGUCGUCUAUCUCUCAUUUCUAUUGAUGAGGCACAUUGCUGCAGCCAGUGGGGUCAUGAUUUUCGACCUGACUACAAAAGUCUUGGUAUCCUCAAGACUCAGUUUCCCAAUGUUCCUGUGAUUGCUUUGACUGCAACUGCUACCCAGAAAGUCCAAAGUGAUCUGAUGGAGAUGCUCCACAUUCCAAGAUGUGUAAAGUUUGUCAGCACGGUCAACAGACCAAAUCUCUUUUACAUGGUACGAGAGAAGUCUUCAGUUGGCAAGGUGGUGGUUGAUGAAAUUGCAGAAUUCAUCCGAGACUCUUAUUCACAUAAUGAUUCUGGCAUAGUUUAUUGCUUUUCUAGAAAGGAAUGUGAGCAGGUUGCAAAGGAGUUGCGAGAGAGAGGAAUAUCAGCUCUUCAUUAUCAUGCAGACAUGGAUGUAAAUGCUCGUGAAAAUGUUCAUAUGCGGUGGAGUAAUGGAAAACUACAAGUCAUCGUUGGCACAGUAGCAUUUGGCAUGGGAAUCAACAAACCAGAUGUCAGGUUUGUCAUCCAUCACAGCCUAAGUAAAUCAAUGGAAACAUACUACCAGGAAAGUGGCCGAGCUGGACGAGAUGGACUCCCUUCUCAAUGCCUACUUUACUUUAGACCUGGUGAUGUUCCUAGGCAGAGUUCAAUGGUCUUCUAUGAAAAUUCCGGAUUGCAGAACCUUUAUGACAUAGUACGAUAUUGUCAGUCAAAAAGACAAUGUCGCCGUAGUUCGUUUUUCCGCCAUUUUGCUGAGCCAUUACAGGACUGCAAUGGGAUGUGUGACAACUGUGCAUUUUCAAAUGAGGUUAAAGAAGUGGAUGCCUCUCGUCAUGCAAAGCUUAUUAUUUCUUUGCUGCAAGAUACACAAGAAAAUGAUCAGAGAUUGACAGUGUUGCAAUUAGUUGAUAAAAUUAAAGCAAAGCACAAGGAACUAGGUUCUGAGCUGAAGAGGGAGGAAAUAGAGCAGCUUGUCAUAAAGCUCAUAUUAGAUAGAAGUUUGAAAGAAGAAUUUCAGCAUACAGCUUAUUCCACAAAUGCAUAUGUAACAAUAGGACCCUUGGCAAAGCAAGUAUUGCAUGGGAAGUGCAGUGUUAAACUUGAAAUUUCUAGCGGACAAAAUAAAGUAGCUGGUAUAAAAUCAGUUAAACGCAGUUGUGCUUCCUCUGGUUUGGAAUUGAAGCUAGACGAGCUGAGAAAGGAACUCUCCUCAGUUCAUGGAGGAAUAUUCCCGCAUUCUGUUCUCUCGACUCAACAAAUCAAUAUGAUAAGUGCCCAGAAGCCAAAUUCUAUGGAACUGUUGGAGAAUAUAAUUGGAAAACUCAAGGCAGAGAAAUACGGAAGUAGAAUACUUGAGCAAGUGAAUACGUAUGCAAAUUCGACACAGCCGGAGGAUGCCAAAGAAGAUCAAGAUAUUGAAAAUAGAGCCUCAAAAAGGCUAAAGAGCAAAAAGCAUCUUGUUCUUGUUGAGAGCAGUGAUGAUGAAUCCUGA